AUGUUUCUUCAACUGCUGGGAGCGCUUCGUAGACCGUUGCUCAGUAUAACAUCGUUCACUGCGGCGAAUUCAAUUAUUCCGGCAUCUCGCACUAUUCUAAUCAACCGCGCGCUACUUGUACCACAAACACUCUCACUACCUUCACUAUGUGACGCGCUCGGUCAGAGGCGUUUUGCCUCCCGUGGUACCGAGUACCAACCUUCGCAGCGAAAACGCAAAAGAAAGCACGGCUUUCUUGCUCGGAAGAAGACCGCAACUGGUAGAAAGAUUAUAGCCAGACGACUACUCAAGGGACGCAGGUUCUUGAGUCAUUGA